AUCAUAUCAAUAUAAUAAACUAAUUAAGCCUGCAAAUUAACAAGUAAUUAAAUCAAGAUUUUGAUUGAGAGAAGCCUAAGAAAGGCAAUAAUAAUUCCAUGGAAUCUUUGUUUCGUUUUCUUCUUCUUCUGGUUUUCUUUCUUCCGGCUGUGGUCGAGUGCAGGAUUCGGCAUUAUAAUUUCAAUGUUGUGAUGAAAAAUACUACAAAAUUAUGCUCAAGCAAGCCGAUCGUUACGGUCAACGGAAAAUUCCCAGGACCCAUUCUAUAUGCUAGGGAAGAUGAUACAGUUCUUGUACGAGUUGUGAACAAGGUCAAAUAUAAUGUUUCUAUCCACUGGCAUGGAAUUAGGCAACUGAGAACUGGAUGGGCUGAUGGGCCAGCAUAUAUUACACAAUGCCCAAUUCCACCGGGCCAAAACUAUGUCUACAAUUUCACCAUUACAGGACAGAGAGGCACACUGUUAUGGCAUGCUCAUAUCCUGUGGCUAAGAUCCACUGUUCACGGUGCCAUUGUUAUUUUGCCUAAGCUCGGAGUUCCUUACCCUUUCCCUAAACCCCACAAGGAACAAGUUAUUGUAUUGGCUGAAUGGUGGAAUUCUGAUACUGAAGAUGUUGUAAAUGAAGCUCUGAAAUCUGGAUUAGCACCAAAUGUGUCUGAUGCUCACACCAUUAAUGGACACACUGGCUCCGUUCCGAAUUGUCCUUCACAGAGCGGAUUUAGAUUGCCGGUAGAUAGCGGCAAGACCUACAUGCUAAGAUUAGUCAAUGCUGCACUCAAUGAAGAGCUGUUCUUCAAGAUUGCAGGACACCAACUUACAGUAGUAGAAGUUGAUGCUACUUAUGUUAAGCCAUUCCAAACAGACACUGUCCUAAUAGCCCCUGGUCAGACAACAAAUGUCCUCGUCACCGCGAACAAAAAUUCUGGAAAAUACAUAGUUUCCGCUUCUCCGUUUAUGGAUGCACCAAUUGCGGUCGAUAAUAGAACUGCAACCGCUACCCUUCACUACUCCGGCACGCUUUCUACCACGCCCACAGUCACCGCCACUCCUCCACCGCAGAAUGCCACGGCGGUUGCCAAUAAAUUUACCAACUCCCUUCGCAGCUUGAACUCGAAAAAGUACCCUGCUAAUGUUCCUUUGAAAAUUGAUCAUAACUUGCUCUUCACGGUAGGUUUAGGAAUUAACCCUUGCCCUACUUGCAAGGCAGCUAAUGGUAGUAGGGUUGUUGCUAGUAUCAACAAUGUCACUUUUGUCAUGCCAACUACUGCUCUGCUUCAAGCUCAUUUCUUCAAUAUUAGUGGGGUUUUCACUGCUGAUUUUCCGGCUAAUCCACCGCAUGUUUUUAAUUUUACUGGAGCCGGACCGGCUAAUUUGGCAACCGUAAAAGGAACUAGGGUUUACAGAUUGAAAUACAACGACACAGUUCAACUUGUGAUGCAAGAUACUGGAAUUAUAGCACUUGAAAACCAUCCUAUUCACUUGCACGGAUUCAAUUUCUUUGUUGUCGGUAGAGGAUUAGGGAACUAUAAUCCGAAGACCGAUUCUAAGAAUUUUAAUCUCGUUGAUCCUGCUGAGAGGAAUACAAUCGGUGUACCCACCGGAGGAUGGACUGCUAUAAGAUUUCGCGCAGAUAACCCUGGUGUUUGGUUCAUGCACUGCCAUCUAGAAGUGCACACAACAUGGGGACUUAAGAUGGCAUUUUUGGUGGAUAAUGGCAAAGGACCUAAUCAAUCACUCUUACCACCUCCUAAAGAUCUUCCUAAAUGCUAAAAUGUAUGCAAAGAUUUGUAAUUUUAGAGCAGUAGCACCUUAAAAAUAUGAGGUGUUUGAGAGUGAUUACAUACACAUAAACAAGAGAAAAGAAAGAAGAAAGUGUGAAUUAAUUAAAGAAUGUUAUAUUUGUUUCUUGAGUGAAUAGGUAAAUUUUGCUCAAGCAAGUUUGAAUAAAAUUUGUAAUAUACUUUUGAUUCAUCAAUGAAAUACAAAAGCAUUUUUUUUA